UUUCGAUUUCUAAUCAUGUUGCGGGAGGAUGAUCUCCCCGCAUUCUGCCCAAGAGUAUAUAUUUGUUGCUGCAAAAGAGCCUGAGCUCACCAAACAGACUGAUGUAUACCGGCUAGCAUCAUGUCGACUCGUACUGCGAUCAUCGGUCUCUCGUCCACCGCCACGACCUCCUGGGCUGCCAAUGCGCAUUUGCCGGGUCUGCGCCGGUCUUCGCGGUUCCAGAUCGCCGCUCUCUGUAACAGUAGCCGGUCGGCCGCCGAAGCCGCCAUCGCAGAAUACGACUUGGAUGCCAGUACCGGUAGCGUCACUCCCUAUGGCAGCCCCGGCGAUCUAGCGGCGGAUCGCACGAUCGAUCUCGUGAUUUGCAGCACGCGAGUCGAUCGGCACUAUGAGACCGCAUUGCCCAUGAUUCAGGCGGGCAAAUCGACCUACAUUGAGUGGCCCAUUGCCAGCAAUCCGACCCACCUCGAGGAGCUUCUCGCCGCCCGCCGCCGCAGUGGUGCUCAAGUCGCGGUGGGGCUCCAGAGUCGCUUUGCACCCCCCGUGCGUCGGAUCCGAGACCUGCUCCAGUCGGGUGAACUGGGUCGCUUGCUGAAUACUGAGGUCCGCGCUUUUGGAGGGACCCUGGAUCGUGAGUUUCUCCCGCCCGGAUUGGCAUAUUUCGCCCAGCGCUCGGUCGGCGGGAACCCGAUCACCAUCGGCUUCGCUCAUGUCAUCGACUUUGUGCAAUCGGUGGUCGGGGAUGUGAUCCCGGAGACCGACCACAUUCAAUUCCAGCUCCAGCGCCCGAGCAUUCGUCUGCGCGAGCCCACCACAGGGUCGAUCGUGGAGACUAUCCGCUCCGAUGUGCCUGAUCUCGUCAGCCUCCAUGGACACUUGCCGGAAUCAGCCCACGUGGCAGCCCAAGCUAGUCUAGUCGCCUACUUCAGUCGAGGCCAACCCUUCCCGGGGGACCCGCAGCUCACAUGGACCUUGACCUUCGAGCAAGGUGCCGUUCGUCUCAUCUCCCCCGCGGGUAUUGUGCUGGGUGCAAACACCUAUGCGGAGCCUGUGACCAUCUCGGUGCAUCGCUUCGACACCGGUGAAGUGGAAUCGGUUCCGUGGGCGUGGUCGCCCGAGCAGGAAGAGCUGCCUUUCAGUGCACGCUCCGUCCAGAGCUGCUUGGUGAGCUUGGCUGAAGGGGACUCGGAUGGAUAUGUAUCACUGGAACAGGCAGCUGCGCGGGCGCGGCAGAUUGCACGCUGGCUUGACUCGUUUCCGGCAUAAUGAUGUGUGAGAAUGAGGGACGUA